CUCCCCUAUUAGCCGGGUGAUUUGAAACGUUUUCAUGCAUAAACAUGAGAACGUAUGCUGUUUUCUACAAGGGAUACCUCAAACUCUUGAUAGCUAGUUUGUGGAGUAUGAUUUGCCUGAUAUUCAGAAGGCACUUAAAGACAGCAUUAAAAUACCAAAGUGUGAAAUAUGAUAUUGUUCCUUUAUCUCCCUUAUCUAAGUACCGGUUGUGUACAUUAAGACGAAAAGUUAUGGUAUUAGAUUUGGAUGAGACACUGAUUCAUUCAGUACACGAUGGGAUAAUGCGGCCAACGGUCAGACCAGGAACACCUCCAGAUUUCGUCCUCAAAGUUUUUAUUGACCAUCAUCCUGUUCGCUUCUCCGUUCAUAAACGACCGCAUGUUGAUUUUUUCCUCAAUGUGAUAAGCCAGUGGUACGAACUUGUAAUAUAUACAGCUAGUCUUGAAAUUUACGGAGCAGGAGUAACUGAGUUGCUCGACAAUGGACGCCAUAUUCUUCAGAGACGAUUUUACAGACAGCAUUGUACAUAUGAUAAUGGCAGCUAUUCAAAGAAUCUUUCCCUAAUUACAUCUGAUAUGGCUUCUGUAUUCAUAUUAGACAAUUCUCCAGGAGCCUAUCGAUCAUAUCCUGAUAAUGCUAUUCCGAUUCGGUCGUGGUUUUCCGAUUCACGUGAUACAGCCCUUCUAUGUCUGCUACCAGUAUUGGAUGCUCUUAGGUUUGUGAGCGAUGUACGUUCAGUACUAAGUCGUAAUUUACACAGGCCCCAAUCCAUACUACCUUAACACUAAUACAUGCAUACAUGUUCUUCUGUCCAAAUACCUGAUUACCUUUUUGUGUGACCAGAUUUUAUAGGUUCUAAUUAUUACUAAUACUUAGAUGUAUAUUCAACUGCACAACUCUCAUUUCAGUUAAACCUUUCUAGUGCGUUAAUCUUUAUACUUAGAAUUUUAUCAAACUAUAUAAUGUGUACAUGAUGUUUUCUAAUUUCAUUAGGGCUCCCUAUCUAAUAGACUCAGUACUGUGUUUUGGAUUAUCAUUCUCAAUAUCUUUCUGUAUUUGCUACGUUUUUAUUCAUGUUUUAAAGCUUUAUAAUCUUUUUGUCUCCACUCCACUCUAUUGUCUGCACAGUACUACUUUAUUUUGCGUCUGUUGUUUGAUUCCAGUUAAUGAAUAACUUUAGGGAGGUGUUCAAAUUAGUAUGUAUACUCUACUUUUUCUGUGUACGCUUCAGUUAAUAUGAAAUAGGUACAAUUGAUUUACUGAUACACUACUAGAAUAACAUAUUCUAUUGUCCUUGUGAGCUAAAAUUGUAUCAUAUUUUGAAUACUUUUUUUCUUAUACUUAUCAGUAUUAUACCUGUUGUUAUUUUUAGAAUUCCCUUCAUGUCUGAUUCCAGUCUCUAUUUCCUUCUUUUUCUUCUAAUGAUAAAUACAGUUAUUUAAACCUAAUUAUUACCUCAAUAACCAAUUCUACCAGCUUUCUUGUGUGUGUAAAUAAUAAAUAUACUAUUUAUUUCUUACUG